AUGUGGGCCAUUUCCACAGUCCUACUCGCCUUUUGCGCGACAGAGGCGUUUGCCUUCGGAAGGGCCAUUGGAAGACGAGCCUCGAUUCCAGCUCCGGAAGUGGAGCAUCCGUGGACUAUUCACAACGGCAGCUUCACGCAGCUCAUUGACCACAGCAAUCCUGAUCUAGGCACCUUCCAGCAGUUCUACUGGUACAAUUAUUACUGGUACAAAGGAGAAGGAUCUCCAAUCGUACUGUGGUCACCUACCCAUGACAACGGAUCGGAUUACGCUCCUUUCGUCUACAAUACUACCACGAUGGGCCGCAUAGCUCAAGAGGUCGGUGGAGCUGCAAUCGUUUUGGAGCAUCGGGUGAGUAUCCGGGAGGGUAACUCCAGUCCAUUCGAAAAGCUGACGGUCGAGAAUUUGAAAUAUCUCACGGUCGAGAACGCGAUGCAAGAUGUCGUCUACUUUGCCAACAACGUCGAGCUUCCCUUUGCACCGAACGGCGCAACCGCUAAAGAUGCGCCCUGGAUUCUUUUCGGUGGAUCGUACGCUGCCGGUAUUACCGCUUGGGUUGCAAACGUUCAUUCGGGCACUUUCUGGGCCUACUAUGCAAGUAGCGCCCUGAUGCAGGCCAUCGACCCUUACUGGCAAUACUUCGUCCGUAUCCAAGCAGGCAUGCCGAAGAACUGCAGCAAAGAUGUCUCCAGCGUGAUCGACUAUAUGGACGAUGUUUUCUUACACGGAUCCGAGCAGAACGUUACCAACCUCAAAGCAAAAUUCGGUCUGGAAGUCCUUCAAAACGACGAUCUAAUGGCUACUAUCGGAAGGGCCCCUGGAAUGUGGCAGCUAGGCGACAUAAAGGACAACCAUCUUUUCGUCACCUGGUGCGACUACAUCGAAAACGUCAACAUCACGCACACUUACACCGGACCGGAGGGCGAUGGCGUCGGCGUCGAAGCAGCCUUGGAAGGGUACGCCAGAUGGUGGAAAGAGGCCGGUUACACCUUCUUCCGCGGAUUCUACGGCUGCACCGCUGACGACACGGAUCUCGACUGCUUCGGGAGCCAUGAUGGUCGCAGUAUAACAUAUACAGAUCUCUCGUUGGAUGGUAGUCGACAAUAUACGUGGUUACUCUGCUCCUCACCCCUCGCUUGGUGGCAGACUGGAGCCCCGGAGGGUAUACCAUCUCUUGUCUCGCGCCUUCUUACGGCUGAAUACAAUGACCGGAUAUGCGGACAGUACUUCCCUCCUGGACCCGACGGCAAGUCGUCGUACAACCCAACCAACCGGACCGUCGACGACUUCAACGCUUUCACCGGCGGCUGGAACCCGCAAAACCUCAACCGUGUGCUGUUCGUCAACGGCGAGUUCGAUCCUUGGACUUCAUCGGGCGUAUCUUCGGACUUCAGACCGGGUGGGCCUAUGCAGACUUCGGAGAAUGUGACCGUGUUGAUUACGCCGGGGGGCCAUCAUGUCACAGAUGGAUAUACUGCGAACGGAGUCGGGCCAGGGACUGAGAAAGUCAAGGCGACGAUUGAUGCGGCUGUGGCGCAGAUUGUGAAGUGGGUUGGAGAGUGGCCGGGGAGGAAGCAGGAAGAGUAG